AUGAAGUACGAAGAGCAUCAAGCGAGUGUGAUGGUGGAUGGGAAGGCGCUGGAAGAGUUCAAUGUGGAGCAUACCUAUGAUAAGAACACAAAUACGCACACGUGCACUGCCGAGAUCGCUUACACUCACAAUGCGAACUUCAGCGUACGCCAAACCUAUUUUCGGAAAAGGAAGGGCGAGGCUGUCACUGUGAAUUUGCGUGUCGAUGGCCAGUUUGCGAACAACUACAUCUGCAUCGGAAAAUCAGACCAAGAUGAAAAGUUCCAGGGGUCGUUCAAGGGAUUUCGUACCGCCAAUCAUGGUUACAAGCCGUUCAGGUGGUCUCGCUUGGCACACCGAGCGGGUGAGCACUUUCUGCGAGAGCCGCUGUCUAGCGGCAUUGCUGAGUGAUUGGCUCAUUCUGCACCACAUUCCUCGUUAUUUCUCAGAUAUUGAUGACGAAAAGUCCUCGACAUCGUCACUUCCCCCCGAAGCAGGGACCAUCAAACUCCACAUCGACCCGCGAAAAAAUGUCAAGGAGCAACCGCUAAACGCAAAUACCUCCGACGGCCCACUGAAUGCGAAUCGCCUACGACCUUCCAAGGGCAUGAUCAAACCGGCGCUUGUCGUAGCCGAUGCAGAAGUCGCGCAGAAACCUCCGACAUGCUCUUGCUCGAGCGACCACGACAAAUCUCGCCCUGUCGUCAUCAUGAUUUGGAAGUACAUGUUACGUGAUCUCAUAGUCGAUCGAUCGCAAGGCAGUCCAUCAGCAACAUUGGGCGCUCCCUCAAGCUCAUCGGCCUCCAACUCCACAGGAAGCAAUGCUCAGGUACGUGGCACCUCAAGGGCACAAGCCGUCGAGUAGCUCCGUCGUCUUUCGGUUGACCUCGCCCUUCUUGCAUGCUGGCGCUCUAUCAGUCUCCGGCCAAGCGCAAACGCGAACUGGAUGAGGUAAGCAUGGCAGCGAGGUUCAGGAAGAGAGAAGCCUCACUUACCUCUCUUUUGUGCACUAUUCUCUAUCUCUAGGAAGCUGAACAGCUUCAAAGCCGCUGGGCAGCCAUCAAGCAAGAGCGUUUACAGCUGCGCGAGACUACUGCUAAUGUGAAGCCAGAGCCCAAAGACCGCGUGCGUUCCAGAGCGGGUAGCAACGCCAGCGUGCAGAGCGUUCCGGCACCAGUCAGAGAGCGCACUGGCCAAAGCAUCUCCAUUGAUCUUACCGAGCUUGACGACGAUGACGAGUGAAAGUACCCGAAGAUUUCAGCUGUCCACUCGGCCUGAAGCCGAUACGUGAGCGAAUUUGACUUCGUCAGUAGCAGCGGGUCUGAUGCUAACGAUUGCAUUCUCAUCCUGCUAUCACACCACGUGCAUUUUGAAGUUCGAUACGGCUCAACGAGUUGCGUCAUGGUCUGA